CGCCAUGCUGCGCAUUACGAGAUCACAACUGCGUACAAACGUAUCCAAUCCAAACAAAUCGAACAGAAAUAAACCAAAACAAGCGGCCGAAAAUUGUGAAAAACCGGCUAUUCACCGGUACAUUGACGAUCAGUGCAGUUGCUCUCCAUGUCAUCUCCAGUGAUCAGUGAACAGGAAUAAUCCUGAGUUCAACUUAAAUACAGCAAAAACUAGACAAACUUGGACUGUUUUUGUUCGUGGACAAAUCGACCGAGGGAAUUAAUGAUUGACGCGUUAUCAAUUUGGAUGAACGAAGGCGGAAUGAAAUAAUAGGAGUUUAUUGUACACCUCAAUCAGUAACACCGACGCCCUAACAUCGUGCGUCCGCACUCAGUCCUCAGUGUAGGCUAGUCGGUCGCCCGAGUGGUCGUCGUCGAAUUGGAGGAGAAUAGACAUCAUUUUCGUUAAAAAGUUCAUCAGUUUACCACUUCAUUAAUCGGCUAAUAAUCGUGGAAUUGAGUUUCGACAGUUCAGUUCGGUUGUCGUGUCAUCCGAAUUGCGGUGGAGAUUUUUUUUUUCCGGUUGUUUAUUGCACCUGGUGUAUGGAUCCAGGGACAACACGAGAUUUCAUUGGAAGAGGACCGGCCAGUGAGGGACAACUGUUUUGAAUUAGUGUUUUUUUAUUUAUCAUUUUUUUUCAUUCCAACAUUGAGUAUUUUGGAGGGCUGACAGGAGGGCUCGUUUCAUGGAGGAAUUGUGCAGGAAUAAUUGCACCAACAUGGAGGUACUUGUGGAGAGUGUGAGGGACGAGGUCUGGGAGCAGUGGGAUGAAUUUGUGAAUUAUUUCGAGUAUCAACCGUGGUUUUUCUCACUACUGGGAAGUGUUAUGGUUGGACUUUCUGGCAUUUUUCCACUACUGGUUAUACCCAUUGAAGAUGGAGUCAAUUUGAAGAAUGGAGCGAGUGCUGGAACACUUCGAUUGCUCCUGAGUUUUGCUGUGGGUGGACUCCUAGGCGAUGUCUUCCUCCAUCUGUUGCCUGAGGCAUGGGGAAAUAAAUCAUUGAAUACGAACUCCACAAAAGAUCAUCCCUCUAUUCUCUGUGGCCUCUGGGUUCUCACUGGCUUCCUCGUAUUCAUAAUAGCCGAAAAAAUAUUUGCGGGUAACAGUAACGAGGAUGAUGAAGAUGACAAUGAGACUGAUCAGGCCAAAGUCUUUCAGCAUAACAAUGAGAAGGUGCACAUGAACAAUAAUCAUCACAAUGGUCAUUACUUCCAACUGAACAAUACUAUAAAAAAAAAUGGUUUUGCCAAUGGGAUUGUGAAGCCAAGUAAGGAUGAAAUAUACAGCAGAAGUGAAAUGCAAAAAAUUGAUUGCCCCAUCAUCACCGCCAAGUGCAAUGGUUUUUCCAAGGAAAAUAUCAGUCAGAAUGGAUUCGUGAAAGGAUCGAGGCGGGAUAAUGAAAAGGAGAAUAUUGAUAAGCCAAAGGGAGGAAAGCAUAUCAGUGGAUAUCUGAACCUCAUGGCGAAUUGCAUCGAUAAUUUCACUCAUGGAUUGGCUGUUGGAGGAUCGUUUCUCGUUUCCUUCAGACUGGGGGCACUUACCACCUUUGCCAUUCUCAUUCAUGAGAUACCACACGAGGUCGGGGAUUUUGCUAUUUUAUUGAAGAGUGGAUUCAACAGGUGGGAUGCUGCGCGGGCGCAACUUAUCACUGCGACAGGAGGAAUUCUCGGGGCUUUAGUGGCUGUUGCUUUUUCUGGAAGUGGAGUCGAAUCACGCACCAGUUGGAUAUUACCAUUCACUGCAGGUGGUUUUUUGCACAUUGGCCUGGUGACAGUCCUCCCCGAGCUCCUUCAAGAGUCCAGUCCCAAGGAGUCAAUGAAACAGUUGGGUGCUCUUCUAAGUGGUAUAACGAUAAUGGCAAUACUGACGAUACUUUGUGACUGAGUCAAAAUCAUGUACCAUUUUGUCUCUCACAAAUGUUGAUUUCUACUCAAACACCCCAACUAGAUGUAGAAUCGAGGCUUUAAGGAUGGCAGAACCAAGAGGAACGAAUUGACUGAUAAAUGUGUGAUGUUUCUUAGCAAAAGCAUAAGAGAAAAAAUGAAAAAAAAUUGGAGAAAUCUGCUAUCAGUUGAACGUUGGUUCUCUUUAUUUAAUGGAAAUUAUCGUGAUUAUUAUUUUUUCUGGUUGAACCUCGCAGUGCGAGGGAGAUUAUUUUCGAACAAUUUAUUAUAUGAAUGAGACGAACAGAAGAAGCAGAGAGGAUUACAAAAAUUCGUUGACAGUUUAGUCAAGGUCCUACUGUUUCGGGAACAUCUCGACGACUAAUAGAUUUAGAGGAAAAGAUUUGAGGAAUUUCUUAUUGGAAAUUCAAUUUUCUCAAAAAAAUAUCUUCGCACAUUUUUUUCUAAGUUCACUACUCCUCGAGUUAUUCACGAAAUAAUGUAGAUUAUCGGUUCGUCAUUAUUUUACUGCAGAUUUGCUUACACCAGUGAAUAUUCGAACAAAAAUUGAAAAUUAAGUAAAAUACUCGUUAUCUCCGUUAUUAUUUUUCAAUUAUUCUUUUUCUUAAAUAUAUUUUCACCUAUUGUUAGUCCAUUUUCAUAGUCUAAUUUUUCUGUAUAGAUUUCCAAAAUGAAGUGAAUAAGUUGGUGGCACUCCGCAAAUGUUGAAUCAGACGUCAAUGUUCUAUUGACAAAUAUUAUGUGGUUAUAAAAUUAUGCCGCUGUUGAAUUGUGCAUAACUAUGAGAUAAAAUUUAUGGACAGCAAUGAACGAAUCGGAAGAAAUUCAGUUGUGAAGGAACAAAAGUCGGUUCGUCAAUCUUAUUGUAUAUUAAAUUACAUCUUUAAUGAGUGGAUUUAUGGAUCAAUGUGAGAAGACACCUUUUGAAGGAGACUAAAUCCUCCAUGCAAUGGUCUUAUCACAUUUUAUCCUAAGACGACUCAUUACUGAAAUUAAUGAAAAUGUAGCAAUUGGAAUUGACGACUUUACCAGUGAAUUAUCCACUCAAAAGCGAGAAAAAUGAUUUCGUAAUGCGCGAGUGCCUUCAUCACGGCUCUGUAAAUACGCGAUGAUUGACAAAAAUGCACGAGAAUUUAUUUUGUUAUGUUGACGUGCAUUUUUGGGUGGUUUUUCACCUGUAUUUGACAUUUGUAACGAAAUUCGUAUUUUCUAAAUAUCAGAAAUGAAUUUUUGUAAUUAAUUAGUUGAAAAUAUGUAGCUGAAUGGGUUUAAAAGACAAUUCACUUGCAAAAUGUGCGAAGAAACCGUACAAUUGGCUUGUAAAUAAAGGAAAUAUGUGAGUCUGUGACUUAAUUAAA